GAAGAACCCAACCGAACCCAAACCGGAUCGAAUCAUACGUCCUAUAUAUUGAUCCAGUUUAAAGGGAAAACCUAGAGAGGGGACAGAUACUAUGGAAAAUAAAGUAGGCAUUGAGGCUGAUGUACAAAAUGGACCCUCGGGCAUUGAUAUCUCGAUUAUUACUUGUCCAAAGACCCUCCGAGAAAGGAACCGUCGCAAAUCGGAUAUUGAAACUCUCGCUUCCACCAUUGACGAUCGACGAAAACAUCGAAUAAAGGUCACAACUUGGGAACGAAAAAUGUUCCUCGGUAGGUGCUUAGAUAUUGCCAAGAAAGAAGGAGGAAAUUUAAGCCGAUUUUCUGUGAAAGAACUGGAAAGAGAAGUGGAAGAACUCAAAGAAAAAGUUGAUCGGCGAUCCAGAGCAUCAGGUUGGGUCGACGAAAUCUCUAAAUUGUGUGGAUAUUGGAAUCCUGACCGUAGCAUGCUGAGGCUUUUCGCAGCAGGCCUUGAUUACACGAAGAAUUCAGACGAAGAUGAAUUUUAUUUUCGCGACUUCAGCUUUUACUACACGGAGCUUGCAUCAAAGUUCCGACUUCUGCGCGUUCCGGGCGUUUUUAUUACGUUGUGGCUAUUGAUCUAUUAUUUAGGAAGGUAUGGGAUCUAUAAAAUGAGUUUGAUUUGAUGUUGUACUUUUUCACUCAACAUUGAUUGUUAUCCAGCUGUUUUCUCACAUAGUGCGCACUCUUUGCGUUCCAGUGCUGUACUUUUCUGUGGCAUUAUGAAGAACGAGAACGUGUGCCCGACGCAAUCAGGAUCGAAUCACGACGGAUGGGUAACGUCGAUUUAUUUUGCCUCCGUCACAAUGAGUACUGUGGGGUAUGGAGAUGUGAGCCUAUACUCUGAUGGCCAAAAUAAAUGGAUCACAUUUGUAGCGAUACUCUACAUGCUGGGUUCUAUGGCGAUAGCUUUCACUGUCUUUACGAAGGCUGCAGAGAUGACGUUCGAUGAAAUUAGUGGAAAUCGUUUGAUGUCCUUUUUCAAGAAAAGGAUUACAGAAAAUCCUGAUGUCCCUCUCUACAGGCAAGUCCGUUGUCUCGUACUCAUUCGGAUUGUCGAAUUAGUCUUUUAUUUUGUGGUCCUAAAUGGUGUUGGUGUAGGAAUAGCUAAAAUCUUUCUGGUAAGAUCUGACGAGGACGAGCACCAGUGGAACUUGAUGACAACCAUAUACUGGGCGGUUCAGACAACUACUACUAUUGGUAAGCAUUUGUAUUUGAAUUAUUAUGGUUGCAAUCAAUGCAAAGUGAUUGUUAUGUAAUAUAUCAUUCUGUCACAUAAAUUUGCCUUUUUCAAAAAUCAUCAAUGUUCUAAUCUUUUUUCUGGUUCAUAUUGAAUCAGGAUAUGGCGACCUAGAUAUGCCAUUCAAUCUCCGCUGGUUCAACAUUUUUUUUACGACGUUUGGAACUGCUUUUGUUGGUAGUGUCUUUGGAUCUCUAGCUAGUCUUAGGGACGAAAUCCAUGAUCAUCRGAGAUACUAUGCUUGGAGUAGAAGGGAACUAUCAAAGAUGAUGGUGAAUGAGCUCCAAACUAAUGACGAUAAAUUAGACCAGAACGAAUUUGUUUUGGGAUCACUUCUUAUUCUCAACAAAGUGAAAUCGAAUGAUAUAAAGCAAAUCAUGGACAAGUUUCGCGAGCUUGCUGGUGAUAAGGAGUACAUUUCCAUCAGUGAGAUGGAUCAAGAUCAGACAACUGCUUUGGUGGAAUCAACUGGUAGAAAAGGCGGAGUUUCAAAAAGUAACUGCGACUUCGUUGAUUUCGGAUAAUGUGUUAAGUAGCAUCUCCAAAAAGAUUUUGGAUGCAAUAUUAUUCAAGAAAUAAUAAAAAAAUCUUAAUCUUAUAU